GGGGCGGGCCCCACGCGCCCGGCCCCUGGGACUCGGCGCUUCAGGCGCUGCAGACCCGGCUCGGGUGCCGCGCGGCGAGGGCACGGCGCGGGCAGCGGCUUCCGGACUGCGCGAUGGGCCGAGGGUAACUUCCCAGUCUGCAGGCAAGAAGGGAAGAUGAAGGAAGAUUGUCCACCCAGUUCUCAUGUCCCCAUCAGUGACAGCAAGUCCAUCCUGAAGUCGGAGCUCUUAAGCUUGCUAAAAACUUACAACUGCUACCAUGAGGGCAGAAGCUUUCAGCUAAGACACCGAGAGGAAGAAGGAGCUUUGGUCAUCGAGGGGCUUCUCAACAUUGCCUGGGGACUGAGGCGGCCUAUCCGGCUCCAGAUACAGGAUGACCGGGAGCGAGUCCACCUCUCCUCAGGCUCCUGGACACCCGGACAGCCCGGCUGCCACCUAAAGGAGCCACUCCUUCAGGAUGGCAGGGUCACUGCCCAGGAGCCAAGCUCACAGACAGCACACAGGGCUGAGAGUUCCAGAGAGAGCUCAGAGCCCCUGGAGGAAGAUGAAGAGACCCCACAGCUUAUGCGGACCAAGAGUGAUGCAGCCUGUGUGAUCCAGAGGAGGCCCCGGUCCCGCACACCUGGCGAGGCCCAGAGGAUCCGGCGACAUCGGUUCUCUAUCAAUGGACACUUUUACAACCACAAGACCUCGGUGUUUACUCCUGCCUACGGGUCUGUGACCAAUGUGAGAGUCAACAGCACCAUGACAACCCUGCACGUGCUCACCCUGCUGCUGAACAAGUUCCGAGUGGAAAAUGGCCCCAGUGAGUUUGCACUCUACAUUGUUCACGAGUCUGGGGAGCGAACAAAAUUAAAAGACUGCGAGUACCCACUGAUUUCCAGAAUCCUUCAUGGGCCAUGUGAGAAGAUCGCCAGGAUAUUCCUGAUGGAAGCAGACCUGGGCGAGGAAGUUCCCCAUGAUGUCGCUCAGUACAUUAAAUUUGAAAUGCCGGUGCUGGACAGUUUUGUUGAAAAAUUAAAAGAAGAGGAGGAAAGAGAAAUAAUCAAACUGACCAUGAAGUUCCAAGCCCUGCGUCUGACGAUGCUGCAGCGUCUGGAGCAGCUGGUAGAGACCAAGUAGCCAGCCAGUGCCAGCCUCUCCGGAAGCCUCCCACAGCCAAUGCACACUGAGUGUGGGUGGCCAGGCCCUGAUUGGUCACACUGAUCAAGAGCCACCUGCUGAAGAAUCUAGCACCUGUGUUUCUACAUGUCUACCUGCCUAAGUACCAUGAGUCACAUGUCCCUGGCUCUCUGAGCACUCACAGGGCCCAGAGCCAGGACUGCGGAGCCACGAAUUUGCUCGGUGGGGUCUAUGUGUGUGAGGCUUGCCUGUGCAGUAAGCAGCCCUGGAGUUGGGGCACUGGCCACAUUAUGUGGCUGGAUGGUGUGGCCAGUCCUAUUCAUGCUACACCUGUCUUGCUCAGGAGAGCAGUACCUGAUUGAGCCCAUGGGAUGUAUGCUCUAUCUGCUUUCCAAGUGCCUGGCCCAGAGUUUCUGCAUGGCCACAAGCCCCUGACCUCCUCAUCCACAUGAACCAUGAGAUCCCUGUCUGCCUUCACCUCGUGCUGCUGCUCAGGACUCUGCUGGGAAAAGCUGGAGAUGCCAGUAGAUAUGGGAUGUGCCCUGCUUCUGGCCGUCACUUCCCCAUGGCAUCCCUGGCCUCCAAGCCUCAAUGCCACUCAAGGAGCAUUGCAUAGCCUAGCACCCUGGCAGCAGAGGUCAGACCGGGAAUAAGACCAUGAGCAUCCCAUCCUUUCUCUGCAGCCCUGGCUUUUAACUACCUCUAUGAGACCUGAAGGAAUUCUUAUAAGGAGCUUUACUGCGGGUAACAUGGCACUUUGAUCACAGAGAGGAGGUGGUCCACAUGACAUUGGAAGGAUGCCAGCCCAUGUGCAGUGGAGUCCAGGGCUCAGGCAGUGGCUCAAGAAGGCAAUGUUCAGUCCUCAUCCCCACUGCCCCAUGGAUGGGUGCCUCCUGCCCUUUCUGGGCUUUUUCCUCCACUCUCUACACUUCCUAUCAAAGGGGCACAAUGAGGAGAAAGGGCUUUAAAUUCCCUGGGGCCAGAACAAUUUGGAUUCAUCAGCUGAUGGGGAAUUUCUGGAAAGAAUAGGAAAGGCUUUGCAAAACUAUGCAACAGUUUACAUCAGUCAUGUGAAGUGUUUGUCCAGAACAGAGCAAGUUGAAGCCCAAAUUCUUUUCCCACUGGGGCCUGUGGAUAGCAGAUUUAAAGAGAAGAACUAUAAAAUCCUCCAAAUAUAAGAGACAUUCAUUCCAGCUCUGUUCCAUGCAAUGGCUCCUUACUGGCCCCCAUAAAGAGCAGAGCUUGGGAGCAGCCAUGCUGUGUGGACCCACCGUUCAGGGUGAACUUCAUGCCAGGAUUUCCCAGACCUAGCUCCAUUGUCGCAGAGACAUGCAGAGAUGCCCCAGGGAGAUCCCCUAUUGUAUCUAUAAUCUCUGUGCUCCUUUCCUUUCUAGUUUCCUAGGUACUCAAUAAAGGCGUGCUCUAUUCAACUGAA